GGGGAAGACACCCCCCGGGGCUCCGGAGCGUGUUGCUCGGCGGGUCUCCACUUCAGUCCGUCAGUGGCGAUCUUGGGGGGGUGAUUGCGGUAGGGUAGGGGUAGCUGCGAGUGAAGUGUUAAAACCUCGAGCUUACCUCCAAUUGAAGGAGACAUGGACUUUAAUUCUAGUGGAAGCAGUUUUGACCUAGGAGAAGGAACUACUGGUGAGAGUAGUUCCAGUCCUGCUACCAGUACUCCAAAAAAGAAGGGGAGGAAAAGCAGAAGGGGCCGCCAACGAGCAAGUUCUCCAGUGCUUCCCCUAUGUGAUGCCCAAGUGGGCGACAUUGUUUGGGCUAAAGUUAAAAGCUCCCGUUGGUGGCCAGCAAUUCUGGUAAAUAAAGAAGAUUGCGGUAAACUUGUUACACUGGGUGGUAGGAAAACUACUUAUUUUGUAUUCUGGUAUGGAGAUGGCAGAGUAUCACCUAUUGCAAUGUCAAACUUGGUUGACUUCCGAAAGGGUUACCAAAAAUUUAUAAUGCCAGAAGGGAGUAGAAUUUUCAAAAGUGGUAUAUAUAUGGCAAUUAUAGAGUUCCGAAAAUCCCAAUCACUAGACACUGAAGACUGGGAUAUUAUGAAAGCAUUAGCGUGGGCAGAUGAGGGUUUCCCCAUUCCUGAGGGUGAGGGGUGUGAUGCACUUCGCACGCAAGGUACACUUUCUCAACAUGUUCGGGAGAAAUUGAAAAAUCUAAGAGUGAAAUAUGAAACAAAUGGAAAUGGGGAUGAUGAUGAUGAUGACGAGGGGAAGCAGUGUGAAACAGAGGAUUCAACUUUAUAUCUAGAAUAUACAACAGAAGCAGUCAACUUGCUUUACUCAGUAAGGGAUGGAACUUUGACCAUUGAAGAUAUCUGUUUGGCUUGUGUCAGUCAAGUAGAAGCCCCAAAAGAACAUCCACUAUUUUAUGGUGGAAUUUGUGAGGAUUGCUGGACAAAGUUCUUGGAGCGCAACUUUGCCAUUGGAUUGGACCUUGUAGCAUACCAUUGUAGUAUAUGUAUGGAUCUUGGAGACAUGAUGGUGUGCAGUGAGCCACGGUGUUUUAGAGCGUAUUGCAACAAAUGCAUUGCAAUGAAAGCAACAAUAGGAGUUCUUGACAUAAUCCGCAACAAAGACCCUUGGCUCUGCUUUUUAUGUGAACCAUACUCUGCUGGAAUGCAUGGUCUUCUUCAGCCACGGGUCUCUCAAUGGAAACAAAAUGUGAGAGCUACUUUUCUUCCUGAAAAAUGGUUACACAGACAAUAUCUUACUAUUUCAUUCACUUUGUUGCAGAUUCAGAAAAUGUUUCACCCUGAUGUUCUUGAUUUAGUUAAAAUGAAUGAAGUGCCUAUUCGUAUCCUAUGUCUUGAUGGAUCUUGCAAAAGUGCACUGAAACUUUGCUCUGCUCUAAAGAAACCUAAUAUCAAAGUUGAUUCAAUGUUUCUUUGCGAUUACAAUACUGAAGAAAUGUCUGAAAUGCAAGCUAUGUUACCCAAUACCAAAAAUGUAUACCUUCUGAAAUCUUUGAUACACUAUGAAGACUAUGAACAGUUAUCGAAAAUUAUGCCCAUUCAUAUAGUUAUUGCAUCAGCAGCAGGCAAAGAAAAAGAAUCUCUUGGCCGCAUUUUCUUCUCUUUUCAUAAUUUCAUUUCUAUGAUGCAUGUCCUAAAUAAUGGUUGUUCUAAGCAAUGUUUCAAACCUAUUUGGCUGUUUGAGGCACUGCCUCCACUAUGGGACGACUAUACUAUUCUCAUAUCAAGGUACUUGCAGGUAGAACCAAUAGAAUGGUCAGAAGACAAAGAUAGUAAUAAUUCUACAUUGAUAUGGACAAAUCUCCAGCUGUUCCUGGAUGCUCUGAACUUAUCACAACCGGAUAAAGACAAUAAGGUCAAAACCUCUUGCAACUACAAUAAUGAAAAUCAAGAUGAGUCCGGAAGUGAAGAAGAAGCACGCAGAUUCAUUCUUCGAAGAAAGAGGCGAAAGCAAUAGGAACUUGAAAUGCCAGCCUAAUCAAGAAGUAAUAAAGAAAACCAUAUUAUUUGGAGAACAAUAUAUUGACUUUCCAUGAAGAUAAAAUAAAACAAUAUUAUCAGUGAACAAAUCUGUACAAUUGAAUAAUAAAAUGCUAUUAGAGGCAAUCAAGAGAUCAAGAUAAUAUUCUUCUGCUAUUACAACUAGAUAAAAUGUGUCAGAUUCAUGUGUGUCUAUAAUAAUCUUAAACAAUGUACAUAUGUUGUUUGUUCGGUCCAUAUUUGAUUUGUUCAUUCUAAAAGUGCACAUGCCCCAGUUUUACAUGCACACACCAAAACUUCCACAGCUACAGGGAAGCGUAUGUCAUAGAUGGUGUAACCUGGUGUUUAUUUCCAUUCCCAACAAUUUAAUAAAUUUUGAUUAGGUAAAAGUAA